AUGGCAUGGAAAUAUCCUAAUAAUAAAGAUUAAAUAAAGAAGUAUAGAGAAUCAAUUUCUUACUUACCAUUUACUUUAAGGGAAGAUACUCAUUGUUCUCCGUUUUACAACUUUGAGAAAAAAUAAACUAAUAUUCCUAAUAUAAAACCAUUAGAAUUUCAAGCGGAUGAGCUAUUUAAAAAGGAAAGUUACAGAUUAUAGUUGGUAGCUGAAUCAAAUAAUAUAGAAAGCAGCUAGUUAUAAAGUAUGCUAUCUGGCAAAAGCUUAUCCUCUGAUUCUGAAGAGGAAUUAAAGAGCGAAGAAUUGUUGGAGAUGAGAGAAAAAGCUAAGGAGAAAGGUAGGAGAAAGGCUGAGAUAUUUUAAAGUUUUCAAUUUGGAUUACAAUUAGAAGAUAUGUUUAACAAUAAUUUAAGUUCUUUGGCUAAAAAUAUAAACGAAAAUCAGAGAUCUCCUUAAAAAACAGAUUUUAACUUUAACAAUAUAAGAAGUGGGUUAUUAGAUGAGAUAGAUAAAGUGAAAGGAAUGAUAGAUAAUCAUAAAAAUUUUGAUGAUGGUUACAAGUCAGGUGACAAUUUUAUUAAUACAGAUUAGGGUAAUGAAGAAAAUUAAGAUAAAGACAAAAGAAAUAAAAAAUAGUUAAAAAUUUCGAAGUAGAAUAAGAAUAAAAAUGCUUCCAAAGAUCAAAAGGAGCUAUUAGAUUUAUCUAUUCAAGGUUUAUCGCCAACAAAAAUAAAAGAUGCUAAAAGUGAAUUGAAUAAUUAAAUUGUAAACUAGAAAGAUGAAAAAUCAAACUUACCAAAUCAGUAGGAUGAAGACAAUAUAAGCAGUGAGAACUUAAAUGAUUAUUUAAAUCACAAUAUCAUAUAAAGAGGAGUCAAUAGAAAAAAAGGGCUAAGAUAGAUUUUUAUUUUAUACAAAAAAUUUAAAGGAAAUUUCUAUAGCAUACAAAUUGAAAUAUUCUACAUUCCGAUUUAUUUAAGUAUUACUGACAAUUUAGAGUUAGUCCAGGAUUUCUUUUUAUGGAAAGACUACUUAUCGAAAUGGAUGAAGUUAAGAGGAAAAAUUAUUGAAAAUAUUUUCACAUCUAAUGGCUUUAGGAUUAUGAACUUAAACUAAAUUAAGCCAGUUGAAAAUAUUCUAAUUAUACAAGACUAAGAUUGUUCACUUGAAUUCUGGCACGAUUUUUAGAUCUAUCAUAAUAUUUCGUUAACCACAAAUGAAUAAAGAUAUUUUGCAGAUUAUCUAAAUAAUCUUCAGACGAGAGAAGAAAUUUAUAAAUCUUUAAUAAGUCCUUCUCUGUUAUAAAAAAUAUUAAGAACAUACGCUGCUGAAAAAACUCCAAAUACAAGUUUAAUAAAUACUUCUACUACUUAAAAGUUAAAUUAAAGCAAAGGCUUCUUGCCUUAAAUAAAUUAAAAAAUGCAAUUACAAUAAGUGCAAUAAGACUAAAUAAAUGAAGGUUAGCUUCAAAAUUAAAACACUAGCUCAAAAAAAUAGAUGAAUUAAUCUAGGAUGCUGAGUAGAAAUUCUUAAUCUACAAAAGAGUUAACCUAAAUAUAAAAAGAGAAAAUAGAUUUAGUUGAUCUAUACUCUCAAUAUUAAAAUAUAAUGAUUUCUAGUUUAGGUAAAAAAAUAAAAGAACCAAAUAAAGUUUAAUCCAUUUCUCAAGGAGCAAUACUAAGACAAUUUAAUGGAGUUAAAAUGAAAAUCUUAUAGCAAAGCUUUCCUUAUCUAGCAAAAUAAAAAUAAAUAGAAGAAAGACUUAAAAAUUCUCCAUACAAAUUUCCAAUAUUUUAAGCCUAAAAUAACCAGGAUAAUUUAUCUAAUAAUGCUGAUAAUGCUAAAAUAUGA